AUGCUUUCAAUGGCAUCAAAAAAGGGACAUAAGAAAUUUGGAGGAGCACAUAUUACAAUGGACAAUUGUAAAUCAGAGAAGCUUCGCGAACUUGUAUUAGAAACCAUUGGUCUUUUCCCUCAUCAAUACAGCUAUCAGGCAAGGUAUAUGAAAGAGCAAGCUGAAAUACGUUUUGGCAAUUGGUGGUCAGCUGUUAUCAUUGGUGAUCGAGGCGGCUAUGGUAUGAGUGCUGUUUAUGAUCAGUACGCUAACACAAG